UGUAGAACUCAGCUGAUUAGUGUAGUCACUAGUCAAUAAUUUUUUUGAGGUUAAAAUAUUUAAAAAAUAUAAUAAUAAAAAUAGAAUAAAAUAAGUAAACAUGGUUGAUGAACCCAAAGAAAAGUCUCUAAUGCUUUUCGGUAGAGAUGUAUCAAAAAUACCCUGUUUCCGUAAUAGUGUACUUUAUGGAAUUGGAGGAGGACUUUCCUGCGGAUUAGUAAGAUUUAUGCUUACUAGUCACACACUUAAAUCUGUAAAUUUUUCAGUUUAUUCCUUUUCACUAAUCACUUUAGGUUAUUGGAUACAAUGUAGAUAUGAAUAUUCGAAGAAGAAAUUUGAAAUAAAUAAAUUACAAGAAAUGUUAAAGGCGCAUUCAGUGUUAGAAGGGACGGAUGAUCCAGAUAUUAUACAAUCACAAUUAGGAACAAGACCUGUGGAUGUGUAGUUUAAAAUAUAACAUUCUAGUGCUAUUGUUUUAAAUAAAUUUAGAUUUUAGUUUACCCAUUGUUGUGUAUUUUACCAAAUCUGUGUAACCUACCUAUCAAAUAAAAUCUAUUUUAUUGGUAAUGUUUCUUCUAUAGAACAUUAUGCUAUACAGAUUUGGAAAUUGAAAAUGUGGACCAUACAAGCCAAAUAUAUUAGGGACAAGCGUAAGUGGAGAGGAAGCUGCACAUAUCUUGCAGGAUGCCUCAUGACAUGUAAUGUGCUGCUCAGUGGUCUUUGUUUUACAUGGUCCUAUUAUCCAAUUCAUUGUAAAAUACAAGGUUUACAUUCAGAUUUCCGUACCUGUAUUAUUUUUAAUGCAAGUAUUUUAUCAAUCAUAAUGAUUAGAUAGUUCUAGUUUUUAAAUUUUCACAAUGAACAUGUCAGGAUGGGGAUUUCUUUACAAAAAAAAUCUUUGUUCUCUGUUUUCAUUUGUAAAAAAUAAAAUCGAAAAUAAUAUUUAGAAUGAACAAACUUGUCUAGGAUACAUAAUCACUUUAAUUUUGGAAAAUAAAAUUAGUUUCAAUAGUUUUUUAAUAUAUUGGUUAAAUUUAAUUCACUAAAUGUUAAAGUGCAACAAUUUUGUCAGAAGUAUAAGGUUUAUUUUUUGUAAAUAAUAUAACUUUUUCAUUCAACAUUUAAUCU